GACAUGACAUUACACAACAUAUUAUGAGCACAAACAAACAUCCCUCCACCCACAGAGAAAGGACAGAUGACAGCUGGAGGUGGAAGAGAGAAAUAUAGCACUACCCCCUAAUGGGGGAGAAAAAGAGGGAGAGAUAGGAAAGACAAAAUAACAAGCUGAGAAAAAAAUCAGCACUGCCCUCUACUGGGGAAAUGAAAGAGAGGCUGUAUUUGGAAUGGUAUACUGCCGUUCUGUUCUUACUUGUUCUGCAGUGUAUAGUAUGUACGCAGUAUGAACAUAAUUUUUUAUGCACAGAAUACCCAGAUAACCCACUAUAUUUGCCGAAAUAUUAUUUAUACAACAGAGCAAAUACACCCUGUCCCAAAUGUUGCACAAUAACUAUUUUUAUUUUGAAGAACGUGACAACAAUGCAUAUGCAAUAUUACUGCACAGAAUUCAGUAAAUAGUAAACUAGUAUUUUCUUAGGGAGAGUGGCAGCACAGCAGCACACAACAUUCUGUCCUCCUGUCAGUAACUGGUGUCCUAUUCAUGGCUCACUCCAGCAUGUCCCAUCUGGAAACAGAGUCCAGAUAGCCAAAGACAAUAAAGAACAGAGAAAACAUCCAUCAUGCUCUUUCUCUUUACAAUUACACUCCAGCAACCCCAGUAGCCUACAAUUUGGAAUUAGAAUGAUUUCUGAAGGAUCAUGUGACACUGGUGACUGGAGUAAUGAUGCUGGAAAUUCAGCUUUGCAUCACACACACUAAAAAAUGUUGGGUUGUUUCAACCCAACUUUGGUUCAGAUAUGGACUAACCCAACUUUUGGGUUAAAUUUUUAAUUAAAAGAUUCUCUCUCUUGUUCUCUUAUUCUCUCUUCUCUUAUUUCUGUCUCACAAUCACUAUUUCUCACUGUCCGUCCCAUCCUGCUUUUCUCUCCUGCGGUUGAAUGGAUGCAUUUGUUCCCCUUAGCAAAUAUAACAUGGCUGUUUGUGUUUGGCUUUCAUGGAUUGGAGAUGGAGUCAUAAGACCAGGCCUGCAGACACACACACACACACACACACAACACACACACACACUUUCCCAUGCAAGUCAUAUGAGUUGUACAGCUUAAUCAGAGAUGUCAGAGUGAGUGAGAGAGGAGAAGAUUUGGAGAUGGAGGAUUUCCUGUGGAGAAUGCGGGUUUGGGCAUCUGUGAGCUGGAGGAGAUGUUGUUGGUGUUGUGGAGAUAAAACAAAUGAAGUCAGAAGGGAAGAAAAAGAGGAAAUGUUUGACUUGAGAGUGGAAGAGUUAAAAGAAGCAAUGAAAAUGGAAGAAAAACCAUCAAAAACUUGGAGUGUGUCCUCCCUCCCAGUUGCUGAGCUGGGAGAGCUGGACGGGGUGGAGAAACCACAGCCGCACUGGUUUCACACGCUGCAGGUGCGACGGCUCAGAGUUCAGAGGGGCCGCAGUAACAGCGAUCCUAUGGGAGGAAAGAGCUUCCAGCAAGAGUUCCAGUGGAAAACUGGCCUGCAGUUUGGGAAUGCAACAUCUUAUCUGAAUCUUGAAAAACUUGGAGAGGGCACAUAUGCCUCAGUGUACAAAGGAAUUAGCAGGAUAAAUGGUCAUCUUGUGGCUUUAAAGGUGAUUCACAUGAAAACUGAGGAAGGAAUUCCAUUCACAGCUAUUAGAGAAGCCUCCUUGCUAAAGGGCCUUAAACAUGCCAACAUAGUCUUGCUUCACGACAUCAUCCACACGCGAGAGUCUCUCACCUUUGUCUUUGAGUAUGUGCAAACAGAUUUGGCUCAAUACAUGAUUCAGCAUCCUGGUGGACUUCACUCGUACAACAUCAGGCUCUUCAUGUUUCAGUUGCUGCGAGGAUUGUCUUACAUUCACAGCAGAAGAAUUCUGCAUCGAGACCUCAAACCUCAAAAUUUGCUCAUCAGUUAUUUGGGGGAACUCAAAUUAGCUGAUUUUGGUCUGGCCCGAUCUAAGUCCAUACCGUGCCAAACAUACUCUUCCGAGGUUGUGACUUUAUGGUACCGGCCACCUGAUGUUCUCAUGGGCUCCACUGAUUACUCCACAGCCCUGGACAUCUGGGGAGCCGGCUGCAUUUUUAUUGAGAUGCUACAGGGGUCACCAGCGUUUCCUGGAGUAGCUGAUGUCUUUGAGCAGCUGCUGAAGAUUUGGACAGUCCUCGGGGUCCCGACUGAGGAGGGCUGGCCAGGUGUCAGUGAUCUACCGAACUAUAAACCAGAGUGGUUCCUGCCUUGCAAGCCCCAGCAAUUUCGAGAUGUCUGGAAAAGACUCGCUCAGUUACCUUAUAAGACGGAGGAUCUGGCCCAGCAGAUGCUGAUGAUGAAUCCAAAGGACAGGAUUUCAGCCCAGGAUGCAUUGCUACAUCCAUAUUUCAACACACUUCCACCUCCGUUAAUGCAUCUAAGGGACACUGUGUCCAUCUUUAAGGUGCCGGGCGUGAGGUUAGAGACGGAAGCGAGGGAUAUCUUCAGCCCCAGCAGACGAAUGAAAUCACCUCUUGCUCCGCUGGCCAAGUGCUGGUGAAAGUCUCGCCUUUGUAAAUAGUUGGUGUGCUUGUAAAACCAAUAACACACCAGCAUGAGUAAACGUGACACUGUUGCAGCAUGACGGUCAGUUUGUAUGUUGUUUAUUCAGAAAUAUAUUUCUGAAAGAAUAUCAGAUUCUCUUUCAUAAGAUUCAUGUUUUUACAUUUUGGACCAGUAUUACCUAAAAAUGUUUUACAGUCGAUCAUGAUGAUCCAAGUCAAAGCUGAUUUCAUCAGAAUCCACUGUAUUUCAAAUGCAUUUUAUAUUUUGAGAUUCAUAACCACCUUAUUUUUUAACGUAACAAGGGUGCGGCAUUUUGUAACUUGAAUUUGUGAGGCUUUCAGUUUCAGUUUAGCUGUACAAAAAUAAUCCUUUAUGCUGCUUGAUAUUGCAAACUGGUAUUUGUUAUCAUAUUAUUUUAAUUUAUUAUCGUAAUCAUAAACUGACUAGUUUGCUGCACAAAUAGUUUUACCAUUUGCAGCUUUUUCUUAUUCUUCCAGUUAUUUACCUGGAGCAGUUAAUGAAUCGGAAGUCUUGCAUAUUGCUUUUACAGUUUCCUGCCUCUUUGCAAACUGAUGUCCAGAGACUGUUUACAGCACACUUUCAUUGUGAAUAAGUUUCAAUUAAAUGCACUUAAUUUUAUAUGUAAUUUAGUUUUUGUAUAUUGCACAGAAAAGAGAAUAAGAGUGUGUGAGAGAUGAUUUUGAAAUAUGAUAUGAAAAUAUGUAGAAGAAUAUACCUACAAAUAUUUCAAAGCUCUAUUGUGUAGUGUGCAGGUGAAAAAAAUUACUGGUUUGCAUUCAUAAAACACACCUGGAGAGAGUCUCACCUGAAAUUACCUGUUUUUGUACAGCACAUACUCAUAUUUCUCCUGUAUGCUGAUGGGCACUGUCAGAACAUGUUCAGAACUGUUUUAGCUGUGUUUGUAUCAAGUUCAUAAUAAAUAGUUUUAGUAUCUUUAAAUUAUUUUUUUUUUUACAUAUUAGCAAUGUCUGUAUAUGAUGCUGAGAUUCAAAUAAUUGCUGCUUCUCAGUCAACGUAUUAAAGUAGCGACGUACAUCAAUAUUGGUCACCAACAACAACCGUUUCAAAUAAUAGAAAGAAUCACAUUGUGAUUUCACAUCACUCAAUGCUGAUGUCAUUAAUGGAGUACAUCCACACACUUCAACAUCAUGCAAUACUGUGAAAACUGUGCAUGUGUUCAUACAGUUGUAUACAAUUCCACUGUCUUGACUAAUGAAUAAAUAUUGGAGAAAAAAAAUUAAA